CCUGAGAGGGAGAUAGAUAGUGUGGCCGUCCAUCCAAUACACGGCCUCUCUCCCCUCCACGAUCCCUGCGGUGUUCCCGGUUUUGACACAGGAGACAAAACCCGCAGGAGAGGACUAUGAAUGGUAAAAGCACCGAGGAGGCCGAGUGAGAGCAAAAAGGAGGCGGCGUGGCUUUGUAGUCGGGGAGGAAUGCGGAAAUGUCCCCGCUCCGUGUCAAACCUCUCUGAAGGGGGUCAGGCCACAUUCAGCCGGCGUGGGAAAGCCAGGCAGAGACGGAGCUCACAGGCGAGGAGCGGGGCUGCAUUGCAUAGGCCUAUCCGGGGAUAUAUGGAAGAAAAAAAAGAAGAAAGAAAGGAGAAAAUCCAAAGAAGAGCGUGGUUUUUGGAAGGCUGUAUCACGCGUUUGCCUUUGUCCUAUGACCCCCCCAUCCGACGCCCUCUUCCCCCACACCCCCCCCCCACCCACACACACACACACAAAGUUGCAGUGAGAGUGUGUGAGUACACCACCUCCUCCCCCUGCUUCUCCUCCUCCCUCGUUGAGUGUCUCUGCCUGGGCUGGUGCAGUCUGAGGGAUGGGGGAUUAGAGCCUGCACCGUCCAACUACCUGUGUGGCCCCCGCAUGGCGGACAGUGGACAGGUAUGCGUUUGAUACAGGACAUUUUUAUCCGAAAAACGAAUGCCUCCUCAGCAUUUGAUCGGACAUGCCGACGUCACGACAUUUUAUUGACAACAUAAACCAAGGCAUUGCAUGUGCCAACUUUUUUCUGUGAAUAUGCCUUUGUGAGAAACUCUCCGGCUCGUCAACCUCGCCGGGAUUCCCCUCAAUAUUUUCAACGAGAGACGAGAAAAAAAAUCUGCAAAAAUGGACAAAGAAGGUGCUGGUACUCAAUAUGAACCCGUGGCCGAGAUUGGAGAAGGUGCUUAUGGGAAAGUGUACAAGGCGAGAGAUUUGAAGAACGGGGGGCGCUUUGUAGCCCUAAAAAGAGUCAGGGUCCAGACGGCGGAAGAGGGGAUGCCACUCUCCACCAUCCGGGAGGUGGCGGUACUGAGGCAGCUGGAAGCCUUUGAGCACCCCAAUGUUGUCAGGUUGUUUGAUGUGUGUACCAUCUCUCGGACGGACCGAGAAACCAAACUCACGCUGGUCUUUGAGCACGUGGAUCAGGACCUGACCACCUACCUGGAGAAGGCCCCUGACCCUGGAGUUCCGCCUGAGACCAUCAAGGAUAUGAUGUACCAGCUGCUCCAGGGGCUGGACUUCCUGCACUCGCACCGCGUGGUUCACCGGGACCUGAAGCCCCAGAACAUCCUGGUCACCAGCGGAGGUCAGAUCAAACUGGCCGACUUUGGUCUCGCCCGCAUCUACAGCUUCCAGAUGGCCCUCACCUCUGUGGUGGUGACGCUGUGGUACAGAGCCCCGGAGGUGCUGCUCCAGUCCAGUUACGCCACGCCGGUCGAUCUGUGGAGUGUCGGCUGCAUCUUUGCUGAGAUGUUCAGGAGAAGACCUCUAUUUCGUGGAAACUCAGAUGUUGAUCAGCUGGGAAAGAUUUUUGAUGUUGUUGGGGUACCUUCAGAAGAUGACUGGCCCCAGGAAGUGGCCCUACCACAGAGUGCCUUCACCCCCCGGCCCCCUAAACCAAUGGAGGACUUGGUUCCAGAUAUGGACGAGCAAGGGUGGGCACUUUUGAUGCAAUUCCUCGCCUUCAACCCCUCCAGGAGGAUAUCAGCGUUUGCUGCUCUCAGCCACCCCUACUUCCAAAGUGUGGACAGCCACAGUAGGAGUGUGUACGCAGCCCAGCCCAUCCCCACCAACAAACCCACUAUGGAGGAGCGGACUGCCUGAUAGUCCUUUUUCACUCUUAAUCAGUGUCUAUGAAAAGUAUUUUGCAAACCCCCCCUCAGAGUUUUACAUGUUUUUUUGUCUUUACAGCAUUAAAUCAAAGCGUGUUAAUUGAGCUUUUUUGACACUGAUUGAUAUUUAGGAGUAACCUGUGUAAGCAAAGCAAAGGUAAUUUUUAUACAAAAAGUGGUUGAUACAGAGGCAUGUAGAUGCACCUUUUUAAAUCAUAGCCUUGAGUCCAUCUGGUGAAAUCUUCUUUGCAAAAGUCCUCAAGCUCAGUCAGGGUGAAAUAGUAGCUUUAUAGCUCUGCAGCAAAAUUAUGUCUGGAUUUUGAUUUAGCCACUCGGGUGAAGUCCUUUUUAAAAUAAUUAUUUGCAGCUUUAAAGGGUUACGUGUUUGGGGUUGUUGUCCUGCUAAUUGCAAUUGGAAUUAUGAACACCAACAUGUCACAUUUUGGUGACAUCCUACCACAGAGUCUUCUUGGGCAAAUUAAGGAGGAAAUGUAAUAUUUUUGAGUAUGUCCUGAUCUAGACAGAUUCGUACUACAUAUUCAAGUGCCUUCAUAUUUCCUUCCACUGACUGGUUGUUUUCAAUAAACUUGCAUUUGAUGUGUAGUUUAUGCCACCUGUUGGGCCCUGCAAUUACAGGUGCACAAAAAUCACCUCUUGAUUACGCACAGGUGAAUUUACCAAUUGUUCAACUUCUAAAAAUAGUGGACUGCACGAGUCACCAACUGAGUGUUUUUAUAGUAUAAAUCAUUUGUAUCCAUUCGUUGAAUCAUGUAUUCACAUAUUUAAAGAGACAUUUUCUUACGACAAUCGGUGUCAAAAAAGCUUAACUAUGAUUUUGUGUUGUACAUAACAAAACAUGACAAAUGUCAGGGAGCAAAUACUUUUUUACUGUCAAUAUACAAAGCUGUACAGAGUCCUACUCCUAAAGAGAGUGUAAAGAAAAUGACCCCAACGCUCUCACCAUUGAAAGAAAAUGCACAAAAGCUAUCCUCCUUCCAUGAACUGAUGGAUUGUAAUUGCUGCUUUUAGGUUAUUAAAUGUUGAUUAUAGACUGUUAAAAAUGCAUGUAAGAUGGACUGGUAUUAGUGGGGAAAGCAGACAGCGGUGGCCAUGAUGCAGAGGCCUUAUGACUAGUGUUCAAUCACAGAAGCCCUCUUGACUGGAGGACCGGACCACACAGGAGCCAUGGUGGACAGCAUGGCUCUCACCUGCCUUUACCUUUACUGUGUAUAAGGGCAGUGAGCACAUAUACAGCACACUCACAGAUGCGUACUCAACAUUUAGUGUGUGCGCCACUACCGCUGACGUUAGUGCACUAUUGUACACAGCUCCUUAUUGAAACAUGAUUGGGCCUCACAAGCCAGCCACUCACUGCCAAAUCGUGUCCAUAAACUAUAAAAUAGGUUAUCUUAUCAUUCCAGUCCUACAUGUAUUAUAAUACUGCCACCUUGAGGAUGUCAAUGGUAACUGCAGACCAGUAGCGGGAUUCUAAUGGUUUCUGCAGUCUUCGAGGAACGUAAUGGGCUGAUAUCAGUGCUGAGACAAUGAUGAAAGAACCUAAUAUACAUGCUCCUCCCACUCACAGGCAUGCAAUUCGUGGACAAAGUCCCACCAGCACUAUUCAAACAUGAAUACAUUUGGCAAAGAAAAGAGUCGCCAAUAUUCUGUAUUUAAUUGUAAAGUUAUAUGCUUGUUUUCAUCAAGUUGCCACUUGAUUUUUUUUUUUUUUUAAAUGAUGCUGGGGCAUACAAAAUUCUUACACCAAUUACACCAACUCUUUAGACAACUAGAAUUUGUGUAAGAGUAGAUUUACAAUGUAAGGAAUGUAUAAAGGAUAGGCAUUGGUACUGUACAGUAUAGAUUGUUAAGUACACGCUGUAAUGAUAGAAAACUUUGGAUACGUGCCCAUAGGUAUGUCAUAAAAAUGGAUAGAUGUAGAGUAGCAAGGGUCAGUGGAAGGUUGUUUUGCAGGAGUAUUUUUGACUAUUGAAAAUAAUGGGUGGGCUCUGUGGGUGCUUAUUAAAUUCAUUAGCUUUGGAUCCAGAGCUGUGAAUUUUACAGUGGUUUGAAAAUGAAAUAAUGCACGAAUAUUUUGUGUACAGUUUUUCCUUUUUUUUAAAAUCAUGUCCACAUAUAUUCAAAAUCAGUUUGUUUUGUUUACCAGCAAAAAAAGCAAGUUAUGCAGAGUUGUAUUUUUGUAUUUAGUAGUUCUUGCAGAACAGUAACAUUUUAACACUGGUUUAUGUUUUCUUAACAGGUAGUGCUGCUAGCACACACACAAACACACAUACAGAAACACUCUUUCUCAGGUUCUUGGUAUUUUCGUCCAUAUCUUUUGGGCACAGUUUGCACAUCUCUGGGCUACUCACUAACAACAUCACAACACAUUCAGGUUUUCUUCAAGCUGUUCCGUGAUCAUGUCAUUGAUCCUCUACUGUCAUUUCUAUUUAUCAAAUAUAUGUUACUGUAGUCAUUACUGUCUGAGGAUAACUGCCUGUAUUGACUGGUUUUGCCAGCAACUUUUAACUGCUCCAUGGCGAACACAAUGUAGGUUCAUGUUUGUUUGCUUGACUAAGCACUGUGUGAUUUUCUUUUUAAAUUGCAUAACAUAAAUCCAGAUAUCAGUGAUGUGUUCAAUGUAAUGAAAGCUAUAAAUAGAUUUGUUUUGUUUACAUGAUUGUUAAUACAUUUCAAAACUGAACUCCAUCGUUGAUCCAUCAUAUAACUCAAAUUAAACAUACGUUUAACAUUUGUUUCUUAAUGGAAAUGGUUACUAGGAACAACACAAUCAUGGCAUUAUACUUGUGUAUGAAUACAGGCAAUGGUGUCUUAUUAUUGUGUUGCACCAAUUGAAUAAAAAGCAGCUUUUUGUGAA